AUGGCCGCCGGCGUAUGCUGUUCUCAGCUGAAGCUCAACUCAAUCUCCUUCGCCGCAUCGAAACCACAACAAAACCGGCUGAGGUUCAACCCGUCCACCCUUGCUCUACCAUCGUCCUCCAUUGAAUCCUCCGCUGAGCCCCAACCCCUCUUCUCCUCCGUCCGAUCCUUCGCUCCCGCCACCGUCGCCAACCUAGGUCCGGGCUUCGACUUCCUCGGCUGCGCCGUCGACGGAAUCGGCGACCACGUCAGCGUCCGGGUUGACCCCGAUGUCCGGCCCGGCGAGCUUUCCAUCUCCCACAUAUCCGGCGCCGGUUCGAGGCUCAGCAAUAACCCCCUUUGGAACUGCGCCGGCAUAGCCGCCAUCGCGGUCAUGAAGAUGCUCGGCGUCAGAUCCGUGGGCCUCUCCCUCUCGCUCGAGAAGGGCCUCCCGCUCGGCAGCGGUCUCGGCUCCAGCGCUGCCAGCGCCGCCGCGGCCGCCGUCGCCGUCAACGAGCUGUUCGGGGGCCGCCUGUCUCCGUCGGAGCUCGUGCUGGCUGGUCUGGAGUCGGAGUCCAAGGUCUCCGGCUACCACGCGGACAACGUGGCCCCCUCCCUCCUUGGAGGCUUCGUCCUGAUCCGGAGCUACGAUCCCCUGGAAUUGGUCCAGCUCAGGUUCCCCGACGAGAGGGCUCUCCAUUUUGUUCUGGUGAAUCCAGAAUUCGAGGCUCCCACCAAGAAGAUGAGGGCAGCACUGCCGCAGGAGAUCACCAUGUCCGACCACAUAUGGAACUGCAGCCAGGCGGGGGCUCUGGUUGCCUCUGUUCUGCAGGGGGACCUCUUCAGCUUGGGGAAAGCCCUUUCGUCGGACAAGAUAGUCGAGCCAAGGCGGGCCCCCCUGAUUCCCGGUAUGGAGGCAGUGAAGAGAGCGGCCAUCGAGGCUGGGGCUUUUGGAUGCACGAUAAGUGGGGCUGGCCCGACUGCAGUGGCGGUGAUAGACGAUGAGGAGAGAGGCUUGGAGAUUGGGGAGAGAAUGGUGGAGGCCUUCUCCAAGGAAGGGAACUUGAAGGCCAUGGCCAUGAUCAAACAGCUUGAUAGAGUUGGAGCUAGGCUUGUCAGUAGUGUCCCCAUAUGA